AUGAUAACAUCACUAGAAGCAGUGCUUAACAAACAAAUUUAUGGGGAUGCUGCAAAAUACUCUAGAAAUAACAAUUUUCAACUACAUUAUGGCAAAAAGCUUGCAAUAACACUUGGCAUUCAACAAGGCGAUAAAAUUUUGGAUAUGGGUUGCGGAACGGGAGAGCUGACCUCAUUUAUUGGGGAGAUUGUAGGAAAAAAAGGUCGAGUUGUCGGUGUUGAUCCAGACAUGGAAAGAAUUCACGCUAUUCAGCACAAUUAUAAAGUGAAUGGAAACGUUUCAUUUGAAAUUGGCGAUAGUUCAAGUGAAUUUUACAACAAAACAAAUCCUUUACGAUGUUCAUUUCAGUAA